UAUCAGCCUCACUCACCAUCACGCCCAUUGUGGAAGGGAAGUAACUCGGAAGAAACCUAUUUUCAGUGUUGCAGGCGACGCGGUAAACUUCACUAAGGCUGCGCUCACAGUCAAGAGGCUGGCAACAAGGCUCACGUUUUAACUCUUACCGCCGUUGCUUAUGUCCAGAGAAGUGGAUGAUAUUUUCUAGUACAUUUUACUCAUCAGCUGUUCCUUCUUCAUAACUCAGUCAUUGGGAAAUAAAAAAAGAACACUAGAGCAGCAGUGGAAUUCUGUUGUUGGAAUUGCAGGAUAAUAUUCAACUGAUUCCACAGUAUUUUCACAAUCUGUUGCAUGAAUUUAACGGAAAUUUGCGAUUCUGUGGUUGAAACUGCGAAACAUAAAGUCAGUAAUUUUAUACAAAGAUUCUGGCCAAAGAGAUCAACAUACAUGGAGAAAACCAAGGAACAGUGUCAAAGUGAUUCUGCAUCUUUGCCUCAGAAAUUAGGUGACCCCAGCCCUGAACAUGAAAACAGGCAUAUAGAUGCAGAAAUGACUCAAGCUGGUGAACAGGUAAAUGAAACUUGUUCCCAAAGCAAUUUACCUCUGGACAGUUCCAUUGCGGUUGCCUCAUGUUCUUCACAGGAGAUUGAUUCAGGUUCUCAUGUGGAAGUAAAGGAAAGUUUGGUUGAUUCACUGAAAUUAAGCACGAACGUCACCACAGAUAAAGUCCUGGCAGCACCCAACCAGCCUAGCUCAAAGAAAAAUCCACAACUAUCUCAGUCAUCUGCAAAUGAGAAGGGUCUACAAGCUGAGGAGGCACCCUCUUCUACUGCAGGAGCAAGUUCUGCGAGUGUGAUUCAUUCAAGUGGAGCCACUGGUGCUCCUGGCAUGGAAAUGAUGUCUAAGAUGCUAGCCAUGAUGUCCAAGGGCAGCUCUCCAGCCAUGCCUGGGAUGCCAGACAUGAUGUCCAUGAUGAUGAAAGGUGGGAUGCCCAACAUGAAAGACAUGAUGAGCAAGAUGCAAGGCAAAGGAGGACCUGUGGGGAUGAUGGGAGGCCCCAUGGGCAUGAAAAACCUUUUUGACUGCAUCGUUGAAGUCUCCUUGCUCACACCUGAUUCUGAUGUGUCAGAUGACGAUGAAGACAGCAUAACCAUGGAACUUCCUUGCCAAUACUGCUCUCGUUACUUCUCUAGCAACAUGUCUCUCAAAACCCACAUUCUUGUGGCUCAUGAAAAGGAAGAUCCUUCAGUUCUCAACCUGAAAAAACUUGUUAUAGAAGAAAAAGGAAAAGGCUCAGCCAGAGAUGCUAGCACCAAACGGAAACAUUCUCGUGAAUAUGACAAAGCAGUGGCAGAAGCAGCUAGCAGUCAAAGCAACAUGACUGACCGAACAAGCCGAGCCUCUUUAUCCUCUGUGGACUCCUGUGCAUCCCAGCCAACUGCCCGCAGCAUUAAGAAGAGCAGGACUGAGAAGAGAGCUAUAGAUUCUUUAGACACAAGUGGAGCUGCAACAGGAUCUUACGAACUUAACCCUGAAGAUCCGAGUGAACAUGUAACUUUCCAGCCUAAAUCUAAUCCUGAAACCAAGUCUGGUUCCUGUGUGGACAGCACCCCUCCAGAAUCAAGGAAGCGUAAAGCUCUGCUACAGAUGCAGCGCUCAGUAUCCAGUGAGAUGCAAGGAAAGAAAGUGAAAAAUAAUGACAAGAAUUCCGACAGUGACUGCAGCAAACAACCAGGUAAAUCAUUAGUUGAUAAGAAGGAGACAAGUCCUUGUAAAGGCUCCAUUAGUUAUAAGGAAGCCUUAAACAAGAAAACAUUAAAGACUGAGCUGAGAGAGCCUGGUAGAAGAGGCAUAGGUAGCAGAGACAGUGACACCAGCAAAUCAGAAGCAUCAUGUACAAAUGCUGAAUCUGAGACCCGACCUUUAACUCGAAGAGGAAGGUUAAACUGUGCUCGUGAGGCAUCAGCCAUUGCAGUAGGUGCUGCAGGAUCAGCUGCAGCAGCUGGUGACUCGGACUCUUCUUCUAAUCUCAGAAGAAGUUUGAGGAAUCGAAAAUCUCGUUAGUACAUGGAUUUCUUUCUUUGUAAUUUUUUGAAAGCUAUUUAUGCUGUUAACAUGUUCUUUGUACCUGAAAUCUGUUAUCUACCUGUUCAUUAUGUUCGACAAGAAAAUUGUCACCUGUCCAGAAAUCAAACUAGCUUAUUUAUUCAAUUCAACAUACACUUUGAAAAGAUUAGACUGCAGAUUUAUUGAAACUUAAAGAUAUUUACAGCACUUGUAAUAUAUUAUCUGUUGGUACAAAAAACAUGGAGUUUUUGUCUAGCUCAGAAUCUUUGAUCACCAGAACUUUUAACUGUGAUAUUACUUUACAAGUGUUAAAUAAGUUAUCGUAACAGAAUUUUCUGGUUAUGAAAGAUUCCAAACUGAGGUUCAUAUUGAGUUUUAUUAGCAUUAGUGAGGAAAAUGUUGUAUGUGAUCACAAUAGAUUUAGGGCUUAGAUAAAAGGGUACAAGCCAAUAACAGUUCAUGUGUGGUAACAUCAGUUGUUGUGUCUCUUUGAACAGCUUUACUAUUUUAAUAUUCUUUACAAUGCCUUUAUCAGCAGAAAAGUUCAGUUUUGAUUUGCAUAUAUUUAAUAAUUCAUUUAUAGUUGAGUGAUCAGAAUUUGCCAUGUAAUUUCUGGUUUGCAAUUUUUACAUUGACAUAGUGAUGUUCUGGGGAAGGGGGGAGCACAUUUGCUGAACUGUAGAAAAUGCAUUUAUCAUUUAGUGUUAUUUAGUAUAUGGUCAAUGGAGACAAUAAAGAACUUGAAGACUGAUCAUGUUUGGAACUUUAAUAGAUUGAUAAAAGCAGUUUUCAUGCAACAUGUUCUCUUAUGUCUCAUACUUUGAUCAUUAACUGCCUCCAUAAAGUACCCAGCCUCCUCUUCCUGAUUUACCCCUGAGAAAAAAAAAUUCUCAAAGGCCAAACUUCUGCCCUAUACCAGGGAAGAAUGGUUCAUCCUGAAAGAUAAAGAUCUGGUUCCUCAUGCCAGAGAAGCAUGACUACUUAGCAGGAACUGCGUGUGCUCAUCACCCCAGGGUCAAACCAUUCUUUCUUGCCAUAAGGUAGAAAUUAGGUCUUUAAUUCAUUUCAUUUGCUUAAUGUAUAUAGACCAAAACUGAAGUUCAUGAAGUGCUGUCAAUUCUGAGCUUCUAUCUUUUUUUUUUUGUGGGGGGGAGGGGUGGAUUUUUUCAAAUUUGUUUAUUUGGAUGUGCCCAUCUUGUCAGGAAACAGCGUUACAAUGAGUCUUGUCAGGAAACAGCGUUACAAGGAGUCGAUUUUUUUUUUUUUUAAGAAAGGAGCUCAAUUUUCCUGGAAUGUUGUUGGCUUAGAACAACUAGUAAUGAUCAAAUACCUUGAAAUGUUGAUUGUGAUUGUUUAUAUGUCCAUUAUGAUUUAUGCAUUGGCAAAUGUUUAAGAAUAAAAGAUGGAUGUGGAA